GAUCAUUUGGUGAUAACCUCGUUCCUCUAGAAUCAUUGUCACAGCCAUUCUUUGGGAUCAUGCCAGCUUCACCACCUCUGCUCCCAUCUCAUAGUCGAGAUUCAUCCCCUCUGCCAUCGCCUGGCCUCAGCCCCUCACCCAUCACUUCGUCCCGGAGGUCCCCGUUGCUCAGUCGGAAAUCCGGUUCACCGAUGGAAGAUAAAUUCGGAGCUGCAGAGAAUGGGUAUAUCAAUGAGAAGGAUGGAGGGCUCGAAGCGGCGACCAAAAACAUUGAGAUCACUCCAAACCUUCCGGACGAGAGAGAAUCUGCCAAGAAGGGACGCCUCGGAGCAGCUACGAUCAUCCCCAUAUGGAUUGCCCUGUCUUCCGCAGUCAUCCUGUACAAUAAAUACUUGUACAUCAAUCUUGAUUACCCUUACCCCGUCUUCAUCACCUCAUACCAUCUCGGAUGUGCCGCUAUCGGAACAAGGAUCCUCAGAGCUACGACACAUUUGAUGGACGGUCUGGAUCACAUCACGAUGACCAAAGACCUCUACUUCCGCUCCAUCGUCCCUAUCGGAAUCUUGUUCUCUGGAUCCCUCAUAUUCAGUAAUACCGCCUACCUGACAUUGAGCGUCUCUUUCAUCCAAAUGCUCAAGGCGUUCACACCCGUUGCCAUUCUGUUGAUCUCGGCAAUCUUCAAGAUCCAGACGUUGAACUCUCGUCUCGUCGUCAUUGUCCUCCUCAUCUCUACUGGUUGCGCCUUGGCCGCUGCUGGCGAAGUCCAUUUUGAGAUGUUUGGCUUCAUGUGUCAGGCAACAGCCGUCCUUUUUGAGGCCUCACGUCUCGUCAUGAUUCAGAUUUUGCUGCAGGGGUUCAAGAUGGAUCCAUUGUGUUCGCUUCACUACUACGCUCCGGUGUGCUCUUUGAUCAAUGCGUGUUUCAUCCCUUUCACAGAGGGAAUGGCUCCAUUGAAAGAGGCUAUUCGAAUAGGACCUCUGAUCAUGUUAACGAAUGCCGGGGUCGCAUUUGGCUUAAACGUCGCCGCUGUGUUCUUGAUCAGUGCCGCUGGCGGCUUGGUCCUUACCCUUGCAGGUGUCUUCAAGGACAUUCUUCUCAUCUCUGCAAGUGUCAUUUUCUUCGGCAGCUCAAUCACGCCCAUGCAGAUCUUUGGAUACUCGCUGGCACUUGGCGGCUUAUUCGCAUACAAAAGCGCCUCUGGCAAGAAGUAAACGACUUGCUCAUACAUCAUCUUUUCAUUCUCGGCUUCCCGCACAUGGCUUAGAUCAGCAUGCACAUUAGACUACGGACUGCAAUCGACCAUAACCGAUCGCGGGCGAGAAGUCUGAAAGCUGGGGCAGACUCGCUGCGCCACGGUUUUGUGGAUCGAUCGAUCCCUUAACACAAUUUUCUAUCAACUGAUGUUUCCGUGACCUGGCGAGAGGGACAUUUCCUCGAUACCGUCCUUUGGCUG